AUGUCGUCCUCAUCCAUCUCUUCAUUCUCAUCAACUCUCAUCAGACGAACAAUCCCAUUUUGUUCAUCCACCACCUCUACUACUUCUGCAACAAGCAGUCAAUUUCUGUCACCCAAAAGAAAGCCCAUAUGCCCCCUUGCAUAUCAUAUUCUAGCCCGUGCCCUACCCGACCCGCCCGACCAGUACCCGACCACGAGCCCACCAGAGUUUUCUCCCCCAGUUCCAGGCCGCUAUGACCAGCCUUCUGCUCCUCCUGAGUUGCCUGGGAUUUCCACCUCUCCGGAUGUGGACCCCACUCCUGUUCCUCCUCCUGAAGUGAAUCCAUACCCUCCACCGCUUGACCCGGAUCUGAACCCGGGCCCGGAUUUUCCAGUACCUCCCUUGAAACCGCCUCCUGUGCCCGAUAUCCCACCACCGUUUCCUGAUAACCCGCUUCCAAAACCCGACGUAGUGCCGCCGCAACCACCUGAUAUUGUGCCUCCUCCCCCGCCGGGGCCCGAGAUUAUUCCGCCACCAGCUCCCCCGCCACCCCCAACUGGCCCGGGUGGGCCAAUUGUUGUGUAG